AGAAGAGUCCGAUGGAGAAGAAACCGAGAGGUUGAGUGAGGACCAGGAUGAAAAGAGGAAAUCCUGAAAAUGAGAGCAUUCGGGGAAACAUCGUGGACAAGUAUUCCGAGCUGCGCUACAAUCCAAACUGGAAAGACAGCCCAGAAGGAAGAAGCUUCCUCGAGUUAGAAGAUUCCCACCAGAACGAACUGGAAAACUUCAGCUUGACUUCCCUUGAUCUGACCUGCUGUCUUUCCCAAGGCGGGAUCCUGUCCAAAAACGUCCAGUUACAGGAAAGUCCUCGAAAUAUCUCAUCAGCAAUUGCUGGAGAACUCUGGAGCCCUUCUGGUGACGAACCUGGAGCUGGCAGAGACAGACCUUCCAGGUUGGAGAAGAAAGGAAGAAAAGCAGGUGUCAACCAUCACUAUGACAGCAAUGAGAGUUUGGCCAGUUCUGGCUGCAGGGUUCGGUUCAAAGAACCGCCGAAACCGAGACCCGACAAAGACUUCAUCGAGAAAAACAAAAACACGCUGGGAUUAGGAACCCAGCAGAACAAGUCCUACCUUCGGCUCCAUGGCAAAAAGCAGAGAGAAGAAGGCUUUGAAGAGAAGGCUCACCAAUCUACGAGGUGUCCGACGGAUGGCGUGGGCUCCGGCCAAGCUGCAUGGCUGAACGUAACCCCCUCAAGCAAGGGUUCCACCCAACAUCCCUUAGGAACCCAGGUGGAACUAAGAAGCCGGCCGAGCGGUGGUAACAAUCUGCUAGAACUUGAGAAUGCUUGUCCGGGUUCCAGUGCUUACAUAGAAACAUCGGAGGUGGAGCAGGACAGCAGAGGUUCUCUGCAUUGUGAGUUAUAUCCACCUGCCUGCUUUAACGUUGCCGGUGAAAACAGCCCGUUCUCUGCCCAAGCUCCAUACCUUCUUCAGCACCAUGCCAAGAAACGGUCCGUGAAUUUAACCUUUGCUGGGAAGCCUCUUCAGCGGAGUUCCUACCACAGCUCGCCAGGGUUUCCUUCGCCAUGCGCGGGUGAAAAGUGCCAAGCCGGCUUUGAAAACGUCUCUGGACUCCAUCACCCAUACUUCUACAGGUGUACCGUUUCAGAGCCUCAGCCUUUCCCCUGCCAUGGCCAAUGCUGGAAUCCCAUAGGGGAGGAGCGCGCGUCGUAUGCACACAACGGUAGCCAGAAAAAGCCGGUAAACGGAGCCGUUGCAUCUUGCAAAGCUUGGCAGAUUUAUACAGAAGAGAUCCCUAACAACUAUGCUUUUGAUUACUCAGGGUCCUCACAGCCACUUGCUCCUCACCCGGUGAAGAGAAGCCUCUCUCCAACAGCGCGGCUCAUCCAGGCGGUAGAACAGCACCACCGAGAAAUCUCUCAGCUGGCAAAUGACCACCUUGCCAGGAAUCAUUUGGCUAGCAUGUUUCCCCCCAUAAUCCAGAGAGGGGAGAGCGACUCGCAGCUCCACCUGGAGAGCGGUGAAGAGGCCCAGCCCGUUCUCAGCCGCAGCAAUUCCGAGGGCUACUUGCUUCAGAUGGAAAAGCAAAAAGAAAGGAAAGGAAAGAAAGAGAACCGGAAGGGCUCCAGGGCAAAAGGUUACACAAAGAUGGAUGUGAGGCUCGGAGGCCUUGGACCUGACUAUGAAACCAUCAAAGAAAAAUCAGAAAAGAUAAAACACCAAAAAGUAUACGCCAAGCAAGUAAAUGAACAAAACCUGAAGAAUAUGUCAAGUACACGGAAACCUCAGUCGAAAACGGAGAACAAAUCAGUCGUGUCAAGGCAGAAGGCCCUUGAAUACGCCAAGACAAUUCCCAAGCCUCGGCUUUUCGUCUCGAGAUCGUCGGAGGAAGAGACCAAAGAGGAGAAAAACCUGGCGCGGACUUUAAACGGAGAGAACCUCCCUCCCAUCUCCUCUCUGGAGUCCCUGCAAAACAGGCACGAGAAGGAGAAGCAGGUGGUCGCCGCCUUCAAAACGCUCCAUAUUGUCUGAUGGGGGGGGGGGGGCGUCCCCCAUCGACCUUCGUAGGCCCACCGCGCUCUUCCCGCUCUCCCUCCCCCACCGUUUUCUUCUCGCCGUGUAGUUCACCCCUGGUCCGAAUGGACGAGCGUACCACGAUGAGUUUCAUGAACUUCUGCAAGAUCUGGGAUGUUUUUCUCCAUGAGUUUCAUUCAGCCUUACUUAUUUUUGUUGGAUUUUAUUGUUGAUAAUUAAAACGUUGAGUGUACGAUGAA